AUGCGUUCGCACAGCUGGUUUGUUGCCCUCGCUGCGCUUGUGACGACAUCGUAUGCUUGGCCCGAACUUCCGCACUUCGAGUUACAACAAGUCGACCACGCAAAUGCAGCCUCGACGCAAAGAUCGGUCCAAGGCACCUGCAAGCGCAUAGCGGCGCUGACUAAUCUAUCGAACAUGGCUGCAAACCAAACCAACCUCGACGCCAUGCUCGCGUCCCAAAAGCUCACUCAGGACGAGAUUGACUACAUCAAGACGAAGAUAGAUGCAAUCAACUCUGAGCUACAAAAAUUAAACUCAAACACCACCCUCGCAGCUGAGUGUGGCGUAGCCAACGCUCAUCGAAAAGCUGCGCAGGACUGCAAGAAAUUGGAUAAAUUGGAAAAGCUGGUAGAGUUGGCGAACAACAAGACCGCGUAUGAUGAGCAUUUGGCGGGGGAGGUAUUAAAUCAGAAACAAACCGAACAACUGAAGCAAAACAUGGAAGAUGCGGAGCUCAAGUUACAAGCGUUGCGCAGCAACAGCACGCUGGUCAAUAUGUGUACCAACGAGGUCGGCUUGCGGCAAAAUGGAGCGGUCGGACAGCAGGCUGGAGAUAUUGGGGAAGCUGCAGUAGAUAACAGCGGCGUUAUCAGCCUGUCCACGAGCGAUGCGACUACAUUCUGGUCAGGACCACGUUUGCCACCAUGCAUCGUGGCGCUCGGCCUAUGUAUUGCUUUUGUGUUCUUCUAG